AUGACGGGAACCGUCGAGGACUCUGCAACAACCCUACCUGACAAUGUCUGGACGGCUCCGACUCCCACGACGACCCUUCUUCCUGUCGCUACCGGAACAAGGAAGGAUUGCUAUCACUAUCUAACGGGAGAUGACUGGCAAAAAGACAUGACCGGAAUGUACUUGGCUUCCAACUGCGCUCUUGCCGCCGAGGUCUUUGAUGUUACUCUAGAAGACCUCGAGGUCUGGAACCCGAUCCUCGGAAACGCAUCUGAUGCCAGAUGCUCAUUUGAGAGCGGCUUCCGCUAUUGUGCGAAAUGGUACACUGGGUCGAAGAAAUUCACAGACCCGGAUCCGCUGGACUCAAGCUUACCGGCUAGGGAUGGAAUGACAGAAAACUGCACGCAAAUUGUUGAGGUAGACGCCAACGGUAGUCCAUCAUGUUCGGAGAUAUUGAGUGAAUGGUCUCUGACCAUCGCUCAAUUCUACGACUGGAACCCAAGCGUAGGUCCAGAGUGCGUGCUAUAUCGAAAAAUUAGGGAAACUAAUGCUUAUACAGGGUACUACUACUGCAUUAGAACCUCGGAUUUCGUGGAACCGUCAGCGACAGCAACCAUUGUGACUUCAACGUCAGCUGUGGCUUCGUCAACCGCAGGCCCAACACCUCCCGCAGCAACGCACGAAGGCCAGCCAUCUAAUUGCAACAAGUGGCACGUGGUCACUGGCGGCGAUUGCUCCACGGUUGAGGCGGAGUACGGUCUCACGCAUGCCCAGUUCCUGGCGCUCAACCCUGCUGUAUCAGAGGACUGUCUCACAAACUUCUGGGGUGGUUACGCGUACUGUGUCGGCACGAGCGGCAGCGCGACUACCACCGGCGGCUCGGGGAUAACCUCCACCUCAGCUCCAUUAUCCACUCCGACCCCCACCAACGGCCCCGUAGCGGCUCCGUCGCCGAACCAGGCGGGCAACGCGAUCGCAACGUGCAAUGAGUAUGCCCAAGCUCCGUCAAGAGACUGGUGUUCGGCCUUCAUCGAGAGGUACGGUCUUGCGGCUGCAGACUUUUACAGUUGGAAUACGGUACUAGGGACCGACGGCGCAAACUGUGGUACCAGCUUCUGGGGGACUUAUUGGUACUGCAUUGGUGUGGCGGCGUAA